ACCAGAGUAAAACACUCCCUUCCCCUCUGUUCCCCAUCCCUACGGUACGUACCCUAGCCGCCAGCAGUCGCGCGCUCCCCGUGCUCCCUGCUCCCCGUCCCCCGCUCGAGGCAUCGCCGUCCGUCGUCCACGGCCAGAGCAAGCGCCCUCCACCUCUGCCCUUUCACGCCAGAGCCAGGUUUCUUCUAGAACCCACGUCGAGGUUCGAGCGAGAUGGGGUUGAGGGACAAGAAGAGGAACCAGAGGCGUGUGCUCUCGCGGCGCUCCGCCGGCCCCCGGACCGGCGAGGGCAAGGAUUUCCUGCCGCUGGAGGGGAAAGAGCAGAGGAUCCGGGAGAAGCAGCAGCCCGAGGAGCCGGAGAACACGGCCACCGUCCUGUACAUCGGCCACAUCCCCCACGGCUUCUACGAGGACCAGAUGCAAGGUUUCUUUCAGCAGUUUGGGGCUGUUAAGAGGGUCAGGAUUGCCCGGAACCGCAAGACAGGAAAGUCCAAGCAUUAUGGUUUCAUUGAGUUUGAGAACCCUGAGGUGGCGAAGAUUGUAGCUGAUGAGAUGAAUAACUACCUCUUGUUUGAGCACACUCUGCAAAUUGCGCCUGUCCCACUGGAGAAAGUUCAUGCCAAAUUAUGGAAAGGUGUGCGGAAGGGAUUUGUACCAGUUGACCGGGUAGCAAUUGAACGGAAUAAGCUUAGUAAGGAUAAAACAGUAGAAGAGCAUAAGAGGAUGCUUGAAGGAAUUGUAAAGCGGGAUGAGAAUCGUCGCAAAAGAAUCAAGGCUGCUGGCAUCGAUUAUGAGUGUCCACCCCUUAUUGGGAGCGUUCAGCCUUCAGCUAAGAAGAUCAAGUUUGAUGAGGAUUAGCUAUACAUAAUGCAGAUGGAUAUCCAGUGGGAGUGACGGGACUGCUGAGUUAAACAUGGCUGGUCUAUUUUUGGUGAGGAUGAGAUGGCGGUUUCGUACAUCUGUUUUGCAUCAUGUCUUCAGUGGAUGUUGUAUUAGGUAAGUGACUGAUGUAUGUUGGUGAAGAAGCAUGAAUAUGUGGUGGAAAAUGAAUGACUUUCUUCCUUA